AUGUUCUUUUAUUUAAACAUUAGAAGUGAUUUACUUGGAUUAAUAUGUGAAUCAAAAAAGGCAAUAAUAGAAAUUACUGCACAAGAAUUGGAAUUAUUGAAAUCAUUUUUAAAAAUAAAUAUUAAUUCCACUUCACCAGAGUUUAGACAAAAAUUAUAUGGAAAUUUAAAUAAAUUAUUUAACAGAUUGGAGAUCAAUACAAACGGAUUAUUAAGAGAUUAUUUAUCCAGGAAGAAAUUUAUUGAAAAAAAUCGUCAUCUAAAUCAAAAAAAGGAGUUAGAGAAUGUUGUGAUGAUUGAAUUGGAUGAAAUUAAAAAGAAAUUCGAUAAAUAUGAGAGAUUUUUGAAUUGGUUGGUUGAAUUGUUGAUGGCUUCGUUGUAUCCUGGAGCAUCAUUUCAAAGAGUUUCUACCAGUUUAAAUAUUUUUAAAUUAUUAUUAAAUAAAAAUUUUUUUUGUGAAAAAUCAAACUUGGCUUAUGAGAUAUUGAGAGAAUUUGUUUCACCGUUGCCCGGAAUUGUCAAUAAUCAAGAAGAAGCAUUAACAAUAAAAUAUAUAUUGAAAUGGGCUUUUGAUCGUAUGAUAAGUGCAAGGGCUGUGGAAAGUGAUAGUGGUGCAAUGAUUUUUCGACUGGUAUUUAGGAAAUAUGUUAUAGAACUAGGUCAUAUUAUUGAUUUUGAAAAGGAAGAUAUUUUAAUUGAAGAAAGCAUUGUUUUUGAAAAAGAAGUUUGCGAAUAUUCUUUGGUUUCAUCUAUCAAUUUUAUUCAAAAAAUUUUAAGAAUAUUAAAGACACAAAUUAACAUCGCAUCAAAUAAUCUUUUAUUAGCAUCAAAAAAAUAUCCAAUGUAUGGAACAUUAAUUGGACUUCAAUAUCUAUUUUUAGAAAUUAAUUAUAAUUCAGAUUUUGUAAAAAAAAAUAUUUUAGAAUGGAGAGCUUUACAUAAAGAUGUUUUACAAUUGAUUGAUCAUGUGUGUCAAAUAGUUUUAGAAAUUUUAUCUAGCCCAUCACCUGAAGGUAAUUUGCCUGAAGGCGUUGAUGAUGGAGGAACAUUGGAUAUGAAUGAUGAUGAUAUAACGGUUGAUUAUGAUGAAUUCUAUGAAAAUGGAGGAGGAAGAGGAGAAGAAAUGAGUGAUGGUAAUGAUAAUAUAUUUGGGCCCAAACAUCAAAUUAUAUUGAGUUGUUGUUGGAGAACUGUUAAAGAAGCAUGUACUUUACUUGCAAUAAUCUUAUCAAGAACCCCCGCUUCACUAUAUUUGAAUAUUGAUUAUGAACAAGUUCGUAAAGGUGGAGAAUUAUUUAAGAAUUUAUUAAUUUCUAUAAGACAUCGUGGUGCAUUUUCAGCAAUAUAUCCCGAAUUUUUAAAAGUUUGCACCAGAUUAUUAUCAUCAAACCAAUCAGAUUUUUUUGGUUUACCAAAAAUUUGGUUGGAGGAAAAUAUAAAUGCCAUAAAGACAAAUUCGAUUUCAAUAACAAGAAGAAGUGCAGGAUUACCUUAUUAUAUAUUGGCAAUAGUUUACAGUGAGUCGUCAUCAUCGAAUCGUAGAAUGUUAUUACCUUGGGUGAUGAAAACUUUAUUUGAAAUUGGAUUUAAAGAAAUGUAA